UGAUUGUGUUUAGUAAUCAUUCAACAUGUUUAAAUAGAAGAAUGUUCUUAUGUUUUCAGGUUUAUAAGGUUUAUAUUCAUUGGAGACACUGGUUCUGGAGUAGAGUAGAAGCACUGAUAAUUUUUCUCCUAGACAAUGAUGAACAACUGUGUUUUGUAUUAGAAGUCAAAGGUAAAGGAACAUUGUGGACAUAAAGACUCAGGAAGAGAAGUCAACUACAACUCCCAAGAUGCAUUUCAGCAAAAUAAUUCUGGAGGUGUAAGCUAAAGAUUUCAGAGCUGAGAAAACUCAAAACAACGAUUUGCACCUUAAAGGUCCAGAGUCUAGGAUUUAGUGGUGAUUGCAGUGUGUACGAAAAACUACAGUGGGCACAAAACUCACCAAAAACAUCCUUCCCCCCAUCUACUGCCAGUCCUUGUCUGUUCUAGGCUGCAUGGUACUUAACAUGGCAGACACCACUGAAGGCGACCCCCUCCCCCAAAAAUACUUCUCAUUCUCUGUAACGAAAAUAUAACGAUUCUUAUUUUCAGGUGAUUAUACACUAAUAGAAAAAUGCCUAUGAAUAUUAUAUUCCAUUUCUGACAAUAGAGCCUACUAAAUGUUACACACUGGACAUUUAAAUCAAUAAAGUUUUGGUAAAUUCAGUAGCUUUGGUUAUACCAUUUCUUCACAGCUGUGGAUCAUGGGUAUUGUAAUAUUUUGACUUGCUUUCUCUGAAACAAAGUUGUAAUAAACUGGUGGCCAGAAUAUAAUAAAUAUAAAUCACUUUGAAUUUAUGUUCUGUUGGCACAUACAAGGUAAAUUCAGAAUUUGGCCAGUUCAUUACAGAUGGAAUAUUUAAUUUUUGCAUUUGUUUGUACAAUGGUUUAAAUUUGAAAUACAAGAACACAACAACAAGAGUGCAAACACUGAUGAAUUGUUGCCAAGAACACUCUUUUAUUCUUUAUGCAGAUUAUUGCGCUCUGCCUUCACAUUGGGAUGAUAUGAAAGGCGACAUCCUCAAACUGUUUCCUUUGGCUGCGGGAUCCAAAGAAUACAACGAGGUGGAGACAGAACUUCAAAAGACCGGCCUUUCUGCAAACAUCAUCAGUAUUGAACGGGUCCAAAAUUCAAUCUUGUGUCAGAGUUACCAGCUGAUGAAGAAACAGCUGGAGGUGAAGAACAAACACACAAACAACGAAAGGCGACUCUUCCACGGCACCCAUGCCAAAUCCAUUGACCUCAUCAACAAACAAGGCUUCAACCUCAGUUACGCAGUAGGUGCGAUGUACGGCAAUGGCUUUUACUUUGCUGUGGAUCCCGUCUACUCGGCGUGGGGCUACGCCAAGCCUGAUGUCAGAGGGCACAAGCGCAUGUAUCUGGCGAGGGUCCUGGUCGGAGACUUCACCCAGGGAAGAGCUGGUAUGAUCGUCCCUCCUGUUAAGGGCUUUGGGAGUGCUUCAGACCUGUAUGACAGUGUGGUUGAUAACACCGGCAAUCCAACCAUGUUCAUCAUCUUCAGUGACAUCCAGGCUUACCCAGAAUACCUGAUCACAUUUACAUGAACUGCCAUGAUCCCUUUGAGCAACUGAUAAUGUACCUCUACUAUUUGUAUUUUAGAUUAAAUCCACAGUCUACAAAACAAAUUCAAGUGAUUUGAUUGGGUUUAUAAACAUUUAAAGCCUCAUUGUAUUUGAAUUCAGCUAGAAAUUCUAAUUAAAUUAAAUAAUUCAUUGUAAUUCUACUUUAAAAAAAAACCAUGACUAUGGAUUUUAAAACUCAUUCAUUAUUUCGCUACAUCCAGCAUUUGUCACUUUGUGCUUUUUGUUUUGCUUUGGAGUUUAGUGUGAAAUACCGUUUAGAUAAAAAAAAAGCUAACUUCCCAAAUCGCUGCAUCUCACAUCGCUGAUCCUUUAAUAGAUUCUGAUUUAGAAACAUUUGUUGCCAAAGUAGCUGCUAGGAAAAUGCAAUCACACCUGCCACUUGUCCGUAAUUUCAGAAGGCUGACCUCCCUUCCAUACAUUAGAUAGUAAGCAGAGUAUGUAGUGGUUAUGUUUUUUUUUUUGUACGUGUAGGUUUUAUGUAAUUGUCCCAGUUGCUUGUUGUCCUGCACCAUUUUUUUUCAAAGCCCUGAAAUUGUAAAAAAAAAAAAAAAAAAAAGUCACUCUCCAUAUAUAGACAUAUAUAUGAUUUCAUUAUGUUCAUAUUUACAUAUUGAAAGCAUAUUUUCAUCCUUGAAUUGUGCCAUUAAGUGUUUCCACUGCUUUCAGGUAGUAUGAUGCACAGAAGCUUCUGGCAAUGCAAACUUUUGAACACAAAUCCAGGUUGAUGUAAACAGAAUACGCAUUGGAUAUGAAAAUGAAUGACAUAUCAAAUACAGGGAAACACAUGAGAGAGGCGAAGGGGAAAUUUAUUCAGUACAAGAUAAUUCCUAGAUUUUAUUUCACCCCUUCAAAACUACAUAGAAUGGGCCUAAUAGGAAUUCAUUUAGGUUGGAAGUGUCAGGAUGAAAUAGGGAAGUUUUUACAUGUAAUUUGGGGAUGUAAACUGGUCUAUCCAUUUUGGGAGAAAGUACUGGAACAUGUGAGUAAAUGGCUGGGUGUGGUGGUACCUGUAUCACCAAGACUGUGUUUGUUAGGGGACCAAACAGAAAUGUCCAAUAUAUCUAAAUAUGAACGAGGGCUUUUAAAAGUUGGGAUGGUCACAGCUGCUCGAACAAUUCUCAGAGUGGAAGUAUGGAAGAGUACAGUGGCCCCAGAUGUGAAAAAAUGGAUGGAAAUGAUGUCAGAAGUUGCAUCAUAUGAACGCAUGUUGGCUAGAAUUAACAACGAAGAACAUUUUAGGAGGGCCUGGGAACUUAGUUUUCUGUGGAAAAAUGUGUAGACAUGGUGCUGAAUGUAUAUUUUGGUUGUUUCAAAAAAGGAAAUGUCGAUUUGCAGGAGGCCUUUGUACAUGGGGUUGUAUGCUGGAUGUACUGUCUGUUGGUGUUGGGGUCAGUGUUUGUUUUCAAGUUUGAUUGUAUGUUCAUGUGUAUGAAUAAAUAGAAAGUACAAAAUGAA